UUAUAGAAACUCGAGCUUCCAUGCGCCGCGUUGUUGCUCUCUUUCCCUCAUUCAAAAAAGAAGACAAAAAAAACCUUCCUUUUUGAUCUUAAAUCACACCAGAAACCCUAAAGUCCCAAACUUUCUUCCAAAGCCCUAAAUUUUUUAGUACAAAAUGAAGAACACAAACCCCAUUUUGAAUACCACUUCCACAAAGCGUUCCAAGAUGAAAUCUUGCACCAAUUCCCUUUGUUUCUUUUGCUUAAUAAAAGAAAACCAUUUGGCAACCAGAAGAGCUGGAUUAAAGAAAUGUUUCAAUGAGUUACCUUAUAGAGAUGACCAAGAUCAUGUCCUUGUCCUAAGUGCACUUUGGCACAUAGCCAUGGCUCAACCAGAUGACAAGGAAUACCCUUCUCUUGGUGUAUUUGAAUGCAUGGCAAGUUUGAUCCAAAGAGGCCUCAAGGACAAAAAUUGGCUUCUUAGGAAUCAAAACAUUUACAUCCCAUAUUAUGCAGCUCAUGUUAUUGGUUCUUACACCAUGCACAAAGCUGAGUUUGCAGAGAAAGCAGUGAAAUCAGGAGUUAUUCCACCAUUAAUGGAGCUUUUGAGAGGAAAAAUGAGUUGGGUUGAACAAAGAGUUACUGUUAGAGCACUUGGUCAUCUUGCUAGUUACAACUCAACUUUUGAAGCACUCGUUGAAUAUGAAGAAGAAAUUGUCAAAUCAGCCAUGGAGAUUGCAUCUUCUUGUCUUGAUUUAGUGUAUGAAAGUUUUGUUGGAUCAAGUGAAGAAAAUAGAGAGAAAUAUCAUAGAGAUUUGCUGACAAGAGGAGUUGGUGGGAGAGAAAUUGAGGAUAAAAAAGCAGAGGAAUGGGCUAGUCAACUUCAAUGUUGGUGUCUUCAUUUGGUCAAAUGUUUUGCUUCUAAAGGCAAAUGUUUGAAUCUCAUUUGCAACAAUAACCCAAUUUUCUUAAAGGAUUUGUGUGGAAUGUGGGGUGGAUUGUCAAAUUACACUUCAACGGGUGGAGUUGGGCUCAUAAGAAUCUUGAGUUACAAUAAAUCUUCAAGGAAGUUCAUUGCAGCAUCCAAAGAAAUAGUUCAAACACUCUGUAAUUUGUCAAGAUCUUCAGAUGAUUGGCAAUACAUUGGAAUUGAAUGUCUUCUACUCCUUCUCAAAGACUCACAAACAAGGUACAAAGUCAUUGAAAUUGCUGCCUUUUAUCUCAUAGAUUUGGUGGAAAUCAGAACACUUGGAGAUAAAACAGGUAUCAAUUUAGGUGAAUCCAUCACACAAGCUCUCUUAUCAGAUUACCAUCAAACGGAAACCAAAUUAUUCUUGAAGAACAAAAAAAAUCUCCAAAGGGUAUUAAGUGAAAUUUGGGAUCUUAAAGUGGAGAGGAAAAGGAAAGAGAAAUUGUUGAGUGAGGAAAGGCUUGAAAAGAAGAAAGCAUUGGUUAAUCUCAUAAAACAACAAGCAAAUGAACUGUUUAGAUUGGGAGAAAUAAAGGGAGCUUUGAGAAAAUACAAAGAAGGAUUAGACAUAUGUCCAUUGAAGUUGAGAAAGCAGAGAAUGGUUCUUCAUAGCAACAAAUCACAAUGUCAUUUAUUGUUAAGAGAAGCAGAUGCAGCCAUUAGUGACUCAACUAGAGCUUUAUGUUACUCAAAUCCAACAAAUUCUCAUAGUAAAAGCUUGUGGAGAAGAUCACAAGCUUAUGACAUGAAAGGAUUGGCAAAAGAGAGCUUAAUGGAUUGCAUAAUGUUUGUGAAUGGUGGAAUGAAGAUGGAUGAGGGUGCAAAUAAGAGAAUCAAGAUUCCAUAUCAUGCAGCAAGAAUGAUUAGCAAACAAAUGGAAGCAACAUGGCUUUUUGCAACCGCUAGAUUAAAGAAAAUGGCUUCAACAACAACUCAAGUGAAAAAAGCUGAAGAUUCUUCUAACAACAGCAGUGAGAGGAAUGGAAACAUCAUGAUCAGAACAACCAUGACUAUAUAAACAAUUCAUAUAAGGUUCUUUUGCGACCAAUGAUGGAAAAUUCAAAGAGGAAAGCCUUUUUAUGUUGCUGAAUCAAUGUAAGCUUCAGACAAAAAUUUUCAAUAAGCAAAAGAACACUACUUUUCGUUGUUUAAUUUAGUAAUAGCAAUAUAUAUUUUGGC